UAGGACUGAUUUUGGAAACAUUGAAGGAGACUUUGCCAGAAUAAGAAUUCGGAGCUAGGGAUGAAGGAGGGCAGAGUUCACUCAGAGCGGAAGUGAGAGGGCUGGUACUCUGUGGGGCGGAGUGACAGGGAUUGGGAGUGUGGAUUUUUUUUAAGACACGAAUUUACAGGCUAAAGCGUGGCCAUUUUACCAGCUGGCAUGUGUGGAUUUCUGGCCUGGUGAUCUGGUGAACUUUCAGUCUGGGCACUCCUUGCCAUCUGCAGCUCUUCUCUUUUCUUCUCCUCCCUUUCAACAGUUCUGCCUUUUUAGGCCUUUGCCUUCCCUUCACCACAGUCAGACAUGACUGAGUUCUGGGGAUCAGUGUCAUUCGAGGAUGUAGCUGUGGACUUCACCCAGGAAGAGUGGAAUCAACUGGAUACUUCCCAGAAGACCCUAUACAGAGAUGUGAUGCUAGAGAAUUAUAGCCAUCUUGUAUCUGUGGGGUAUCUUAUUACUAAACCAGAAGUGAUUGCCUUUUUGGAGCAAGAGGCAGUCCUUGGGAUCAUAAAGAGGGAAAUUCCAAGUUCAAGUUGUACAGAAGAUGGGCAGGUUGAAGGACAGAUGGAGGAGCAUCAGGAAACCCAAAAUACACACCCAAGGCAAGCUAUAGCCACUUUCUGGAACAAUGUGACUGAAAAGAGAAGUCAGAACUAUGAUGGACUUGCAAAUUCCCUUUCUCAGAGCCCAUGGGGACUUUCUUCAGGAUAUGCACCUUAUAUGAAUGACUCCUGUGUGAAAAAUUGCAAAGGUAAUGUAAGCUUACUCAGCCCUAAUAGCCUGAGCUUUGCAGCUCAGGAAUGUUAUGAAUGUAAUAGAUGUGGCAAAUUCUUAAUUCAUGGCAGGCAUGAGAUCAAUGAUGGCACACAACCACAUGACUGUAAUACAUAUGGGAAAGGUCACAGUCAGAACUUUGUUCAGUAUGAUAUGACCCAAGCUGGAGAGAAAACCUAUGAAUGUCCCGAGUGUAGAAUCACCCUCAGCACAAACUCCCUCCUAAUUGUUCAUCAGAUCACCCAUAUAGGAGAGAAAUGGGCAGAAUGCAGAGAAACUUUUGACAAGACAGCACUCUUCAGUAUACACCAGGCAAUGCACACAGGAGAUAAACUCUUUGAGUGUAAUGAAUGUGGCAAAUCCUUCCGAGAGGAAUCAACAUUACAUAUACACCAAAGAACUCAUACAGGUGAGAAACCCUAUGUAUGCACUGAGUGUGGCAACGCCUUCCAGGAGAAGACAAAUCUCAUCAUACAUCGAAGAACUCACAAAGGAGAGAAACCUUAUAAAUGUUCUGAUUGUGAGAAAACCUUCAACCAAAAAGCACAUCUCAGUGUGCACCAGAGAACACACACAGGAGAAAAACCUUUCGAAUGCACUGAUUGUGGCAAAUACUUCAGAGAAAAAUCAACCCUGAAUAUUCAUCAAAGAACUCAUACUGGAGAGAAACCGUAUAUGUGCAAUGAAUGUGGUAAAGCCUUCCGAGAAAAGACAAAGCUCAUCAUCCAUCAGAGAACUCACACAGGAGAGAAGCCCUAUGAAUGUUCAGAAUGUGGAAGAGCCUUCAAUCAAAAGGCACAUCUCAGUGUGCACCAAAGAACACACACAGGAGAGAAACCUUUUGAAUGCAAUGAAUGUGGCAAAUCUUUCCGAGAGAAAUCAACUCUGCGCAGACAUCAAAGAAUUCAUACAGGAGAGAAACCUUAUGUGUGUUCAGAGUGUGGACGAGCUUUUACCCUUAAGCUGAGCCUCAGUGCUCAUCAGAGAAUCCAUACAGGAGAAAAAACUGAUGGAUGUACAGUAUGUGGAAAAGUCUUCUCCCGGAAGUCCUAUCUCAUGCUACACCAGAGAGCUCAUACAAGAGAAAAAUUUGAGAAAUCCUAUGAAUGCAAUGAAUGUGAUAAAGCAUUCUUCCAGAAAUCAUACCUCAUUAUUCAUCAGAGAGUUCAUACAGGAGAGAAACCCUAUGAGUGUAAUGUGUGUGAGAAAGCUUUCUCCCAAAAAUCUUAUCUCAUUAUACAUCAAAGGACUCAUACAGGAGAGAGACCCUAUAAAUGUGAUAAAUGUAACAGAGCCUUCAGAGAGAAGUCCAAACUCACUGUACAUCAAAGAACUCACAUAGGAGAGAAACCCUAUGACUUCCCUGAAUAUGAGAGAAAUCUUCCUGGGUUCACAGUUCAACAUGCACUAGAGAACUCAGAGAGCAUAGAAACCAAAGUACUGAAAAUAGAAAAUCUUUCUUAGAAAAGUCAAAGAAAACAACAUGCUUUAUUUACCUAGGGUAAUCCCAGAAGGCUUUUCUGAGGAGCUUAGACCUGAAAAUAAAGCACCACCCAUACUGGGGGAAGAGCAUUCCAGGCAGAAGGAAUAGCAAGUUCUAACAUCCUGAAGUAAAAAUGUGGUAUUGAACUUGUAUUGCGAGUCUAUUGAAGCACAGUCUUUUGGAAAUGAUAUAAGGGAAAUAUGUUUCCAAAUAUGUUUCCAAAUUGAAUACCAAACUCUUACAGAAAAAAGUAAAGAAAUCCUACUAUGAACCCACAUUUUUGUCAUUUCUCAUAAUGGGAAGUACCAUCUCCAAGGGGAAAAAGAGGUUUGUGGAAUAGUACUAAUGAAGUAUACAGAUUUAAAGAUAAUGAUUAAAGAAACAACAAUGAAGAAUGUACUUUGCUGGGUGCUGGUGGCUUCAUGCCUAUAAUCCUAACUACUCAGGAGGCUGAGAUUUGAGAACCCUGGUUUGCAGCCCAGCAAGACAAAUCCAAUAAAUUCUUAUCUCCAAUUAACCAUCAAAAAGCUGGAA